AUGAUUUGUAUCGAAUGUGGGCAUCGCAAUAUACCUAACUUAUACUCCAAAUACAAGAGCGAAUACGUGAAAUUGACUGUUUGUGAGUCAUGCAACAAAGUUUGUGACAAGUAUAUUGAAUAUGACGCAGUGAUUUUAUUUCUUGAUAUUUUAUUAUUGAAAAAACCAGCAUACCGUCAUUUAUCGUAUAAUUUAACCGAAUGGAAGAUCCGUAAUCAUACAAGUUGGGGCUUGAAGUAUCAGAAUUUGAUUCGAUUGAUUACUUUGAUUGUCUUAUUUGACGUGUAUUUGACAUGGGCGACAUGCGAAAAGAGCCGAUUUUGGCAACAAGAUGGUGGUGCUGAUAAUGGUAUUGUACAGCUUAUACUACGACAAAAUUUGAUCAACCAGUACACCUUCUUUAUAGUGGUGAUAAGUCUACGUCAUUUGGUAUUUAACUUUAUGAUACAGUCGAUAAUGCGAGGUCAAUUUGGAUUUGGAAACUGGCCAAACACAACAAUUCCGCAACGUGAUCAAUGGGGUUACAUAACAGCAGUACUUUUAACGACAAUCAUGUGUUCAGGCUCGAUCAAGUUGUUCCGUAUCUUGACAUUGAUUUGGCCCUAUGAUAUUUCAAUGCCAUAUCGAACAUUUGAUGUGAUUGAGUUUAUAUAUGUUGUUGAAGCGUUACACGUUGUGACUGGAUUGGCGUAUAUGACGGUGGUGACAACGGUGCUUGUUUCGUCAUUGGCACUGUAUGUUGUUGUCGCUUGGUUGAAAUGGGUUUUAGUUGGGUAUAUAGGGUGA